CACCAUCUAAAACUUUGCACCCAUCCAACCUUCCUCUUUCUCUUUCAUGUCUCACCUCAUUCUCUUUCUAAACUCUUCUAUCUCUCUUUCUCUCAGCCUCACUUUCCAGAUUUGAAAUUUUAAAACACAUAUUCACUCUCUCUCUCCCCCCACGCUUUUCUCACACUCUCUCUAAACUCUCCUAUCUCUCUUAAGGCUCUCAGCCUCACUUCCUCCCGCCCCAAACCCAAUAACUCGGCGGCGUCAUCGAACAAGCGUUGUUCUGACCCGAUUCGAGAGCACCGUUGGGGACUCUGUCAAUCUCAUGUCUCUCUGGUUUGCAAUUUUGCUUCAAAUCUAUGCUCUCAAAAUGUGUAUGUGUGUGUGUGUGUGUGUGUGUUAAGCAUUGAAUCACUGUUGAUUUUGAGUAGAUGAAUUUGGGGAUUUUUGAGUGUGUUAUAAAUCGAGAUGGAGUAAUAGCAGAGUGAGUUAGGGUAUGUUGAUUGAUGUUUCGUGAAUUUUUCUCUCACUCGUUUUGCACGAGGUCUUUGAUGAGAGUUAACACUGCUCAAUCCUUCAUCAGAGGUAAUAAUAGGAUCAUCAUCAUCUCUCUUUCUCAUUUGCCUUAUUAAUCUUAUCUUUUUUAAAAAUUUCAAACUCACUGAUAUAGAUACAGAUAUAGAUACAAACAAAGGCUCCCUUUGCUUCUCCAAAAAAUGUGAAUUUGUAAUUUUUUACUCAGUCUAAUUUGUAAUUUUCAUUUAAUUUUAUGUUCAUUUAGUUCAUUAAGGUCUAUAUCCUUCAACUUUAAUUUUGGCCAUUCCAUUUUUGUUUCUUUUCUUCAAUUUAGUAUAAAUUAGGCCUAUGUGUGUGUUUGGUUAUCAUGAAUUGUUUAUUGUUUUUGUUGAAUUAGUGCUUUGCUUUGUGUUUUGGAUACCUAACUAGGGUCUUUUAUUUGUGUUUUGAACAUAUAUAAGGUUCUAUUAUUUUUGGUGUGAUUUGAUUGGCAGAGGAGAAUGGGAUUUCUUACACCUGAUCAGACUGGGGAUCAUAAGAUGUUUAUCAUGCUCUUUUUUAUGUUGCCGAUUAUUUUUGGAUACCUUUUGGUUUUUUUUUAUUUUUAUGUUAAUUAUAUAUGAGCAAAUGAUGAUUUAUAUCAAAUGUUUGUGGCAAUGCUCUAUUUGAACUUUCAUAUGCAGAGAACGCCUUUUUUCUAGGGAAGAACUUUUAUCUUGUUUGAACACUUGAACAUGCCACCUAUGUAUAAUGACAUCCUGUUCUUCCUAAUGAGAUUUCAUUCCUGAUUCUUCAUUCUACUGUUUCUCUCUCUCUCUCAUUAUGAAUUCCCUCACCCUGGUUCUAUUUAUACGCACUGAUCUGAAUUAGCAUCUGCAGUGCUUACAGUCCAUUGGGUAUAUUGCAUUGCAUCAUUUAGGUUAUGGCUAGAUGUGAGUUACGAAAAAAGUAUUUCAAUGAUUAUUUUUCAGGUAUCUUUUAUAGGUUUUGUAGAUGGAUUAGUUGAUGUUUCUCAGAAACACUUUCCAUUUUCAGCCAAAAGUUAGACAAGGAUAUGGGUUCAUGCACACACACAAAACAAUCAGAGUGUGAUUUGUUGUCGUCCUUUCCUAUCUUGUAUUAUUUAUUAUUUUUUCUCUUUGGUGGUUUGGUGUGCUUGUGCACAUGCAUGUGUGUACACUUUUGGCAUCAAGGAUAUGAAUCUUGCAUGUGUACCAAGCAAUAGAAGCUUGAUUUAUUGUUCUUCUUUUGGGAUGUAUAUGUGCACCAUAGUAAACUGUCUCAGGCUUCAUUUAGGGAUGCCUAGAUCAGAUGACCAUGUUUUCUCAAGCAAAACUUGAACAAAUAAAAGUUUGUCCUCCAUAUGCACUUAACACAAUUGUUUCUUGAAUCUCACCCUAUUGUCAAGUUCUGUCUGUGACAAAUACUAUCUGUAUUAUAUCAUUGUUUGGAGGUUGGUCUGAAAUAUUACCAGAAAUUGUCCAAAAGUUUAGUAGUGUGAAUCAUGUAUAUCAUAUCUUUUAGACUCAUGGAUUGGUUUUAAGACAUUGAAGAAUUGGAUGCAUGCUAAAAUGCUAUUAUCAAUCUGACUUGUUAUUUGUUAAUUCGAGUCUUUUGUGUAAGAGCAGCAGCAAAAACAACUUGAACUCAUUCUGGCAAUUGGAAAGACUGGAAAGGUAUAAUUUUGUGUGUACAUGGACAUUACAUCAUGUGUCUUUAGGAAAACUUGUGCUGCUGCUUGUUAUUCUUUGGGUUUCCAUCAUGUAUCUUUUUUUGUAUUUAGUUGCUAUCCUUCCAGUUGUCCAGAAGCAGCACCAACUUCUUAUGACUUUGCUCCUAUGUCAUGCAUGCACUAUGGAGGUGUUUCUCCUGAAGAAGGCACGGGGGCAACGAUAUCUGAUGACAAUGAUGAUCAAGUAUAUAGUGACACCAACAUUUUCGAUGGAAGUUUUGAUGAAUAGGCCAUUGUUGAAGACUCUGAGGUUUAAUGUGUUGAAAGUGAUUCCAGCUGGUUCUUCUAGUGGUGUGAAGAAGGCAUUUACAACAAUCUAAUAGCCCAUUGCCAUCACUUGGAAAAUUCAGGUAGAGAAUUUUGUUACUGACACCUUUGGUUUUGAAUCCAUAGAAUUUUGUGUUUAUUUAAUGGUGUUUACAAGAGUAAAAGGGAUCUAAAGGCGUCUACACGUGCUUUUCAAGUUGAGGCGGAAGUAUUCUCUAACCCCAUUGGUAAGAUUAUUUAGAAUUUUUUCACGAGGGACGGAACAACAAAAAAAAAAGAAAAGCCUUUUGAGUUGUGAAUUUGGUUUGGUCUUUCUGUUUUGUUCAAAUAUGGGACAUUGGUAUUUCAGCCAUUUAUGUUCCUGGUGGUUUCCUGAGCUAUGUUUAAUCGGAUUGUGAUCUUUGAUUUAAUUAAACUAUUACUACUGAUUAAAGUCACAUUUGAACGUCUAGAUAAUUGUUCUGUUCGAAAGUUGACGAUGCUUUGGGUUAUCUUAAUGGAGGGUUGAAUAUUUUUAUUUUUAUUUUUUUUAAGAUAACCUUCUCCUUGAAAUUGUAUGUGUCAUGAGAAACAAAAUCUCGUAUGAUCACCAAUUAAUCACAAUUAU